GCAGCGUCCCGUCUCUCGCUGCUGGCCUUCUCUUCGGUGGCUUAGCAGGACUAGGCGCUUACCAGCAGUCCCGAGACCCGAAGAAUGUAUGGCUCUCCCUCGUGGCAUCUGGAACCCUGUCAACUGUUAUGGGAAUGAGGUUUUACAACUCCAGAAAAGCAAUGCCUGGGAUAAUUGCUGGUGCCAGCCUACUGAUGGUUGGACGGCUUGGAUUGCAGAUCAUGGAAAAGCCUCUUCAGCCAUAA